UUUGAAGAUAAUGAUGAAACACAAAACAAAAGCCUAAAUUAGAUAUCGACGAUAAGUAUGAGUAAGUUAGAUAACGCGUAUCAGGAAUUCUAUAUAUAAUACCAAUUAGAAAUGUGGAUACAAUUAAUAGAAAAAACGUAACGAGAUUAAUUUUCAAACUUUUAAUUUAGAAAAAAGAAUAUAAUUCUUAAGUUAAGUUCUAUAUCUCCUAAUAAAAAUUACAAUAAGAUUCUAUAUCUAUUUAGUUAAUACAAAUACGACUAUUUAAUUUAAAUUCCAAACGUCACUAAGCUUUUUCAGUUUCGAAAGAAACUACGAAUAAAACUUAAACUAAAAAAGAAAGAAACAGAGAAAAGAAAUUCAGCGAUCUCUCUCUUACCAAAGUUAUAUUUACCAAAUGUAUAUCUUACGAUUGAUCACAAUUGAUACUUUUUUCGUUAAUUAUUUGAAGAUUUAUUUCAAAGGAAUCUUUAAACGAAAGAAAUAUACCUACGAACGUAAUAUCUUUAGGAAUUAUUCGAAAAGGAGACGUUGAAUUGAUUCAUAGAGACGCCCUAUUCCCAUUUGGCGUCGCAGCAGGAAGACUAUAGUCGCUUAUACUUGUAAAUUGCAACAUUGACUAAACCCUAAAGACUACAGAACGGCGCCAGAGGUUUUCUCCUCACAAACAUCUCGCCGUUCAACACGAAUACCGAGAUUACUAUGCAUUCUAUCAACUGUUUACUUUCGAAAUCAUGCGCCUGAUAGAAGUCAUAAAAGUAUCUUAAUUCUUUGUCGUGUACCUUGUGAAACCUGGCUGCGGUUACAGCUUCCAAAGAUUUACGAAAAAUCUGCUUUUUCAUCGAGAUUAAAGAUUACAACAAACGUUAUUUAACAGAGAUAGGAAAGAAAAAAAUUGACAACGAUGGAUAAGAGAUCGAGAUUAGAUCAAGAUGGAAAAACACUAACGAAAGAAAGGAUCAAUUAGAUUCGACGGUGGCCUAAGACCUAACAAACGCGAUAAAAAUCACGAUAACAGCGAAUACGGAAGGUAGCUUGGUGGCAAAUACGAUUGUUUAAUCGUGAGUCGAGAUAAAACGUCAAGCAAUGGCAUUUUGUAGACGGAAUUCGUCCGUGAUCGCGAUGAAGACGAUCACGCGGGAUACAUGAUCGUUUUGAGUUCAGAGAAUUCCUUCAGUAUAGAGAAUUCGUUUGUCAAGUGUCGAAGAGAAGGAGAGUUGGCGCGAUCAGCAACCUAACUAACUUUCUAACUAAAUUCCUAACUUCGUUUGAGAAAGAAGAAUCGGCCAGGGAGGAUCGUCGAACGUAAACAGAGAGUGCACGUUCCUCGCUAAUGGCAAGGAGAAAAUCGAAGUUCCAUAGGUUUCGCAACUGACGAGGAUAGAAGGUAUUGGUCGUGAAGCGAAUUUGCAGGAGAAAAAUUUACAGAAGACGAAUAUGGAACAAUUUUAACGGAUAGAGUCACCUUGUUAAAGUAUUCGGAAUUUUGUUGUUGAAGAUUUUGUUCGGGUGUUGGGUCGUCGCAUAAGCUGUUGUUUCGAUUAAAUUAGAAAGAAAAUUGGAAUAUUGUCGAAGGAAUAAUAUGAGGAUGACAGAGGAAAAGGAUCUGAACGAAGUAUUGUGCGUGAAUAAUUUGGUGAAGGUAGUAAAUGGCAAUGAAAAGCACAACAGUAAUCCACUGGAAACGAAAGUGUACAAGAGACGAUGGCUGAUGUUGGGUUUGUUUAUUCUGUACACGGGAAUGAGCAACUUUCAGUGGAUUCAAUAUUCUAUAAUCAGCAACAUAGUUAGCAGGUACUAUGGCGUUUCUUCAUUGACUGUCGAUUGGACAGCAAUGACGUUCAUGGGCUAUUACGUGAUUUUCAUUUUUCCUGCUACAUAUAUGGUGGAUCGAGUCGGAUUUAGAUGGACUAACAUUAUAGGCUGCGGUGCUACCUGUCUUGGUUCGUGGAUCAAAGUUUUGUCCGUCAGUCCUGACAGAUUUUACGUCACCUUCAUUGGACAGUCUCUAGUUGCUUCUACACAGACGAUAAUUCUAACAUUACCUGGACGUCUGGCAGCGCAAUGGUUUGCCGCCAAUGAACUUUCCACAGCUACGUCAUUAAGCAUUUUUGGUACCCAGAUGGGGAUAGCCUUAAGUUUCUUAAUUACACCGAUAAUCGUGAAGAAUCAUGAAAAUCUCGACGAUAUUGGCACGAGCUUGUCGCACCUUUUCUGGACCGUAGCUAUCAUCAUGACGAUUGCGUUCAUAUUAGUUAUAACGUUAUUCGAGGACGAUCCAAAAUUACCGCCGAGCAAAACACGGGCUCUACAAAAGUUAAAUCGAAUGGAACUUGAAGAAAAUAUUAUGCAACCCAUUAAGAGAUUGUUCAGAAACAAAAGUUACUUGAUUCUCUGCAAUUCGUACGGUUUGAGCAUCGGUGUGUUGAACGUCGUAGGAACGUUACUAAAUCAAAUAUAUCUUGCACACUUCGAGCACGGUGAGGAAGACGCGGGUAAAAUCGGUUUGGCCAUGAUCAUUACAGGAAUGAUAGGUGCUGUCACUUUUGGAGUGAUUCUCGAUAAGACACAUAAAUACAAGGAAACAACCGUAAUCGUGUAUUUUCUCGCACUGUGUGGACAGCUAUUCUUUUCUACGUUCAUGUGGCUCGAAAUGAAAUGGAUGGUAUACCUAUCGGCUAUUUUUCUCGGGUACUUCCUAGUCGGUUACGUAGCCUUAGGAUACGAAAUGUGCGCGGAAUACACGUACCCAGAGUCCGAGGAGAUAACGGCGGGAAUUUUGAACGUGGCUAAUAACGUUUACGGAAUUGUUCUCAUUCUGAUAAUGGGCCGAUUGCUGGAAGUAUACGGGGAUAUUCCGGUGCACGUGGGACUUUGUACGGCGCUGCUCGUCGGUUUCAUCAUGACCGUGUUGACGAAGGACGUGCAAAGGCGUCAGGAUGCCAGAAAGGGCGUGCAUUACGUAGGAGUUAAACAAAGUGAGAAAAACAACGAGUGCAAUGGACGCGAGAAACAAUAAUUGGAUCGUAAUGAUUUCUAAUAUCGACGUAAAUUUACAUUUAAUCCUUUCCUGGAUUAUUCUCGUGUAAUAUGUAUAGUUCUGUUUUCCUACGUUUCUAUAUACAGACAACACCGAGACGUAGACGUGUCAAGAGAUGCUCGAGUGAGAUAUGUUUUGUGAAUUAAUGCGUGAUUGUACGGAAAUUUGAAGAGGAGAUAAGAUAAUAAACUAUAAUUAGCAAUUAUAAGUGACUGUAUCGAAAGAAAGCAGCAGUGAGUAAGAAGAUAAAAAUUCAAAUAAAUAAUAAUAAACACGAACGAAUGUACUACAGUAGUAGAUGGUCUUAAUCUAAUUUAAUUCGUGUAUCGAAAUAAACUUCCGAUUAUAAACAAAAUUUAGGGUGUAUAGAAUAUUAAUUUAAAAUAAUUUGUACUAUAAAGUAAUUUAUUAUUGAUCCUGAUAAUAAAAAACAACGGAGCGGUCUGAUAACACAAAUAUUUGUUCGAUUUAUAUUCUGAAUUCAAUUUUAAUUCCAUACUCCAUAUUCAUCGGAGGAAAUACAAACACGAUAAACCUACGAUUAAAAAAAAUACUACGAGAAUCCGUUCUAAUUGAUCCGUGAAUCGUCGCAAAAAGACGCUCGGUGCUAGAAAUGAAAUUGUUUAAUCUUCUGCAGACAGCGUUUGCAGUGGACUGAAAUUUAAUAAACGUCUGCUGGUCUGCCGAAGAACGCUAAACAUUUUUCAAUUUAAAUUUACAUCGCCGCGGAUUUACAUUGCCGCGCGAAUGUCUUUAAGAUUAGGAUGCUUCCUUGUUUUGGCAAACUUUAAUUGUAUGAUAGAAAUUGUUUAAAUCGUACAACUUUAUUCCUGUUUAUCCUAUUACGUGCAUUUAAAAACAUAUGUUCAAUAUCGAGCGAGUUCAUUAAAGCAGACUUUUUAGAAUAAAAAUAAAAAUACAAAAGAAUGAAUCCAGGUCGUUCGAUAUUAAUAUGUACUAUUGAAAAACUUCUAGAAUAAACUGGACGAAAAAAUAGAAAAAGUAUCGAAUAAUCUCAGCUAUAUCCACUUCCUAUUUAGAAUUUUCAUUGAAUGUAUUAAUUAGAUUUGCGUGUAUUACUGUUUAUCGUUUAUUUAUCAACCCAACUGUUCGAACCAAAGGAUAACCGCGAACGUUGCUAAAAAUCACAGAAUAAAAUAUUGUUUUGCAAUCAUUCUUCUAUGAAAAUAAUAAACUAAAAUACAUAGAAUAAGCCAUUCUCACAGGGGAAACAUAUAUCAUACGCUGAUAAAGUCUGCAUCGUUCACAAAACACUUUCCGGAGUAAAUAACAAGUAAUAUAAUAAAUAACAAACAACCAACGGAUUAGAAAAGUGGAAAUUUAAAGAAGAAAUUUCUCGAUACGAAGGAAGAAAACGAAUGGAUUGGCGAAGAGACAGGUACGAAGAGGCUGGACUUUUAUCGACAAGGAAUAUUCAUUCUUGUUUUCAGGUAAAAGGCACCAGGGACCAGGCCUGAGUGUGUAGUGUGCACUGCGUCUGACAAGUGACAUGACGCGUGCACCACUUGUUACUCGACCAGAAUACUUGAUAUACUCGAUCAGAGAACAAAAGUACCCAAUGCGGAGUAUUAUAUUUUGCGCUUUCGAUCAAACUGGCACUUCUAUCUGUCGGGCGCAGAACGUUACGUAGAUUUCAUCUUGACGCUCGGGCUAGACAUUAUUCAUUCUUCGUUUAUUUUUACUAUGGCCGCGCGAAGAAUUAUCGAGAUCCAGCGAGAAAAGAAGGACAUCUUCUAUCGCGAAUCAAUAUUAUCGUUCCGAAAAUAUUUUUACGACCGAUACCAUGCAAUUUACCUUCGAGUAAAUGUAUAAGAUUUUUCACGAAUAUUUACUUACUUAUUAUUGAAUAAAUAAAUAUUUAACUUGCAAGUACAGUAUAUUCCUUCUUUUUCAAUUUAUUUAUUUGGAGUUGAAUCCACCUCUGAGGAUCGUUAGCGACUACAGUUGUACGCA